UGCAUUGUUGUGAUUGUUGUCUUGUAGAAUUGUGCUAUAGUAUUCUUGGAUUUAAAUUAUUAUUUAAGUUAUAAGUUAUUAUUAUGGCUGAUGUCGAAGAGGAUAAUGUUCCUCCAAUCAAGAAAUGCUGGAACUGUGGUUGGGUUAUACCCGACUGUCAGUUUAAUAACCUCUUAAACCAUACCUGCUUUGCAGGUUAUAAUGAGGACCGUAAUGGAAUCAUCAUUUCCAAUGAUGGUAUAGUUUCUUUGACUGUUAUUUCAAAAAAAAGACAAAAAUUAUCGAAGGAAUUACGUUUCUUACACAAAAUAAAAGACUAUCCUGCACUGUUUUGUAGUAAGGAAAGAAGAAAAAUGUCUAAAGAGAAUUUGUCAAAUAUAUGGAAGAUGCUGGCGAAUUCCUUACCAGGAUAUGAUGUAGAAACUGCAAAGAAGGAGUGGAAGAAUUUAAGGGACCAAUUUCAAAGAUCUGUAGACCCUUUAAAAUUUCGACACUAUAAUAUUAUGAAAUACUUUGACGACUAUACAUGUGACGAAGCCAACCAUGAAAAUGGAGAUGAACCUUUACAAAAUGAAGCUCCAUCAAGUGAGAGCAAUUUUACACCACAGGUGUUAUGCACUGGCGUUCAAAACGUUCAGUCAAAUGACGAACAAGAAAGAGGCAGAAGUGGGUCUAUCGACGAAGUGCGUAACUCCGAUAUUGUUGUCCAGAACAGUACAAUAACUUUCGAGAAUGGAAAAAAGAGAAAAUUAAGUAAACGUAAGUUGAAAUUUCAUAUUGAAGGGCUGAAAGCAAUUUUUGUUAGAUGGCUAUAUAAUUAUCAAUUUUAUUUUUUUUAUGUUCAAUUUUCAAGUACACUCGAUUCUCGUUAUAACGACGAUCUCGGGACUUCAAAAUCUCGAUAUUACGACGAAAGGAGAGGAUCCUACUUCACGUUCUAUUCAAACGUCAAAUACGUGCUAAAUUUUUCGUAAAGUAUGUUUAUUUAUAUUAAAAGUUUUUGAAUUAUGAAAUCAGUUUAAAGAAAAAGUAAGUAUUUUUAAUAAUAAUCGGAUCACUAGAUUCUUUAGGUUAAAUAAAUUUAAGAGUCGAUUAAAUUUGUCGUUUUUUUUGAGUUAACCAAAAUUUUGGUUAAAUUAAAUUCUUAAAUUCGUUCGUGUUUUUUUUGUCGUUGUAUCGAGAGUUUUAAUGUUCGUUAUAACGAGAGAACGUUGUAACGAGAUUCGUUAUAACAAGAAUCGA